UUUUAUCUAAAUUCUAAAGUCAAGACUAACCUAUAUUCUUGUUUGGUGGUUUGGCCUUUGCCAAAGAGUGUGUGACCUAACAAAUUCUCGAAUGCCUAUUUAGAUUUAAAUACGUUUACAUAUAUUGGUUUCAAAUUAAAUAGGGUAAACACGGUAUAUUGUAACAUUCAAAACCAGUUUGAAAAAGAUGGCAAAAAGUAUUUCCUUAUUUUUAUCUAGAUCAUUAAUGACAGUGAAGCCUCAUGUGCCGAUGAUCAAAUUCAGAAAAGGAGGGUCUCCACAGAAACACGCAGAGGCAGGUCACAGUUCGAGUCCUCCAGUGGUGCACGCUGCUCCCCAAUCCAAGGCUGCGUCAGGUCGUGUGGUGUCUCGUCCAAUCAUCGAGGACUACCAACUACCUGCUAGAUAUCGCAGACACGGUCUUGACCAGGCGGAGAUUGAUGCUAUCAAUAGUGGUGGAGCAUUUUAACCGCCUUGCGAGGCACCCACCAUACCAUAGUAUGACAGGACUGAAUUGAAUUCACCUUUAAGUAUUCUCCUUGAUUAUUUAAGUAUUUUUGUUAGCUAAGUAACUAUUUCAGCUACUUAAAUGUAAAUUAUUAUUGUGUUGUUAAUAAAAAUGUUUUUCAAAGAAA